GAUACCGUAGAAAUGGAUGUGGAUGCCGACAAAUUGAAUCGAGAGCUUCAAAUUUUCCGAAACCACGUAAAAAUUGCUCGUGAAAACAUUAUUCACAAACUGGUACGUGAUAUUAAAUUUUGGAAAACAAAACAUGAGUCAAACUCAGAAAACACUCGGGCUUCGAAAAAGUUGGUCUCCUUGGAACCGCUCAUCGUUCAUAUCAAAGCGCAAACGGCUUCUGAGUUGGCGAAAGCAAUUAUUAGAUUCCAACCUAACAAAGCCGGUGGCACCACAACGUCGAAUGUGGCAGAACGAGCUCUGAUGAGAUUUCAUGGGAACAAAAAGUUACAGCCGGAAACGAGAGCACUGAUCAGACGGUUUGCGUUGAAAGAUAAAAUGGACGUACUGGAUAAGUACUUGAAAGAUCCCGGGGCGGGUAAGGGAUCGAAAAGUAAAGUCAAAAAAAAGAAAGAUUCUAAAAUCAAAAUUAAAACUACUGAGCAAGAUUCGGAAGAUCAAGGAUUCUGUGAGACCAAAAAUGAUGAUACAAUUGAGCCGGACUCCGAAGCAUCCGAUACAGAAGCCACUGGAAGCUUUGUAAGAAUAACUCCGGGUAAAGUUGGAACCGCAGAGUAUAACACUGAUCAGAAACAAAUGAAAACCCGAGAAAAGAAGAAAAAGGUUAAAACGCCAAAAGAGCCAACCGAUGAAGAAAAUUGCAUGCAAAUCCAAGAUAGUUUUUUCGUGACUAGUACGGGUCAUAGUUAUGUGGCAACAGCCCCCGUAGUGGACCAGAAACGGCUGGAAAAAGAGGAGCAGGAAUUUAGUUGGAAACGAGCAAACAAACGAAAAGACAUUUUAGGCAACAGAAUAGACGAUGAAUCGAAGCGACCAUUUGUUGGUAAAGUCGACGAUUUGCAUCCCUCUUGGAAAGCCAAGCAGUCGCAGAAGGGUAUCAGGCAAUUUGAAGGAUCGCGAAAGCGUUUUGAUGAAACUGCAGAAAAUACAAGCAUUGGACAACCUCACAAUCAACGACAAGGCAUGGAUUUACAUCCAUCGUGGGCUGCAAAACAAAAGCAAAAAACUCUUCAACCUUUUUUUCUUCAACCUUUUGCGGGAAAGAAGAUCAAGUUUGAUUCCGAAACUCAAGAUCAAAUCGAAAAAACGUCAGCCUCCAAAGAGAGUUUACAUCCUUCGUGGGCAGCGAAACAGGCACAGAAAGGAAUUAAACCCUUUGCCGGAAAGCGUAUUACAUUUGACUCUAGCGGGUCGGCGGAUACCAGAUUGAACACGGCACCAAAAGCCUCAGAACCAUUGCCUUCGGCAGAUCUUCAUCCAUCUUGGGCAGCCAAACAAAAGGAGAAGGGUAUCAAGGAGUUUCGGGGUAAAAAAAUUACCUUCGGUGAUGAUUAAUAUUAAGAGGAAUAAAUAAGUAUAUUUUCUGUUAAUCGUGUUGACAAA